AUGUCUGGAAAAGGAAAAGUCCAUGGAGGCAAGGGCAAGUCUGCUGAGAGCAGCAAAGUGACGAGCUCCCACUCUGCCAGAGCUGGGUUGCAAUUCCCAGUUGGAAGAAUCAAGAGAUACUUGAAGAGAAAUGCCCAGAACAAGAUUAGAAUCGGUUCCAAGUCUGCUAUUUACUUGACUGCUGUGUUGGAGUACUUGACCGCUGAGGUUUUAGAAUUGGCCGGAAAUGCCGCUAAGGACUUGAAGGUCAAGAGAAUUACGCCAAGACACUUGCAGUUGGCUAUUAGAGGUGAUGAAGAGUUGGAUAACUUGAUUAAGGCUACUAUUGCCUACGGUGGUGUGUUGCCACACAUCAACAAGGCCUUGUUGUUGAAGGUGGAGAAGAAGAAGGGCAAAUAA